CUAAUUAAUAUAUAAAUAUUGUGAUAAGUUGUAACAUCCAAGUAUACAAUGCAUCUUAUAAUUGUAAAGACAGAAUGACGAAUACCAAUUUGCUGUGAGUCAAAUCAAACAGUUAGCAUGUGUGUGUGUUAAAAGUAUUCUGAAGACAUAACUGAAUGUAAGCAUAAGGAAAUGUAGUACUAUGUACACACAAAUAUAGAAAUAUAUAAAGAAAUUGAUUGCAAGGUCAUUGACACACAUACCCAGAUUUCCCCCUUUUCCAGAUAUGUUUCACCAUUACCAAAAUAUAAAACGUUUAUAUAUCUUCAUUAGGAUUGUACAACAAAAUAUGAAUAUUAAUUAUAUAUCUAAAAGAUGUAUAAGUAUCAUGAUUUAACAGUGGAGAUCACAGUCAUAACCGCUUUUUAAACAAAUAGCUAUCAAAAUCAGUUACACUUAUUUAUAACACUUGAAUAGCCAAAUGCUCUAAAAUUACAGACAAAAUUCUUAUCUCAUUAUUUUAAAUUUCCAGGAGGUUUUACCACAUGGCUACAGGUAUAGAGUAACGGCAUUUGAACCUAAAUCUGAGGGAAAAUUCAAAUGUGAAGUCCGGCUGGCAAUAUUUAAUGCAGAUGAUGCAAAACUGUGGCUUACGAAAUUUCAAGAAAGAAGCAAGGUUACCUUGCGUGCUAGGUCUUGUUUGCCAGCAAAGGAGCGGGGCAAAAAUAUUUAUAAACAAUACUUCAGAUGCCAGCACAAUACCAACCCGGUUUCUGCUACAGCCAACAGCCGUCUUGGUUCCAAGAAUUCAAACUGUCCAGCUCUGCUAACAAUUGUUGUACGGAGACAGCUUGGAAAAUACAGCAGGUACUACUCUUGAAGUGUAAAUACUAUGAUGAUCAAAAGAAAGAUAAUGAAUAUGGGCAAAGCAGUAUGUUAAGUUUACACAUAUUUUGUCUGUUAAUGUUCAAAAACAAAGUAACUACAGUCUGUAUGUCAUUAAUUUUAAUACUACCAAGCACUCCUCUUGAAUUAAGAAAUGUUUGUAUUGUUUUAGUAUGUGCAUCCAUGUGGAUUAAAAAAAUGGAACACUUCUUUUGCUCAACACUUACAUAGUAAAUAUGGGGAAGACGACAUUUGAUCAUUGUUGAAGCUGUGAUGGGUGUAUGGUUAUGUAACUUUCAUAGCAAUGAACAGUCAGUGAGAUGUUACAUCCUUUUUUGCAGAGCAAAAGAACAUAGACCCGCUUUUGAAAGAUUUCCCUACAUGCCUUCAGAUUGAACACACUCACAAUCAUAGUCUGUAUAGUGCUGAUUCUCUACGUCAUAGGGAUGUAAAUGAUGAGACAAUCGCCAAAUUCAAAUGGCUUUUUUCAAAGGGCCACUCUCCAUCUUCAGCACUUGAAAUGCAUCAGAUGGACCUGCAAAUGGAACAUGGAGCCAACUAUAUAUAUCAGGCUGCUGACAGAGCUUUUUGUCCUGAUGUGCAGUUUUGUUACAGGCUGUACAAAAAAGUAUUUGAUGAGAAAUACCCUUCAUCCUCUUCAACCUCUUCAGAACAGUUGAUUGACAGCCUAGAGACAGCUUGCAGGACAUUCAAUGCAGAACUAAAUGGGGAGUUCUGCAAGGUAAAAGAAACAGCAUCAGGGAAGAUAGCCAUAGCUGUCUGCACUCCCCUCAUGAUGAGAGUGCACACACUGCACCGUGCAAGUGGUGAACUCGUUUUUAUGGAUGCCUCAGGGGGGGUGGACAGGUAUGACUUCAGAGUUUUCCUGCUUCUCACUCACAGUGUUGCAGGUGGACUCCCUUUAGGCUGCCUUAUUGUUUCUUCUGAAGCAACAGAAGUAAUAACAGAUGCCUUGUCACUGUAUAAAGAACUUUUGCCCUCUGAUGCUUUUUUUGGAAGGGGUAAUAGAGGACCUCAGGUGUUCCUCACAGAUGACAGUAGUGCUGAAAGGCAGAGCCUGCAAGCUGCAUUCCCUGAAGCAACACUUCUUCUUUGUACGUUUCAUGUACUUCAGGCCGCUUGGCGCUUCCUCUGGGAGGCCCGAAACAACAUACAAAAAGAAAGCAGGCCUCAUCUACUGAGCAUCAUCAAAAAAAUGGUUUAUGCUCAGAGUGAUGAUGAAAUAGUUAAUGUUUAUGAUAAUGCCUGUAGAGAUGAUGUUGUUAGGAACAAUCCCAAAUUCAAACUGUAUUUAGAAAAGCAGUUUGAACGAAAAAGUCUAUGGGCAGUCACUUUUAGAAAAGACCUUCCUGUGCGUGGAAAUAACACAAACAACUACUGUGAAGCAGCUAUGCAUGUUUUGAAAGAUAAAAUCUUCUGCCGCACACGUGCCUAUAACACUCAGCAGCUGCUUGAUUUCUUAUUAACACGGCUUCCUGCCUACUAUGAAAGGCGGCUGUUGAACCUUGCCAAUGGUAGGAGAGAUGCUACAGUUAGCAGACGUUAUUUAUAUGGUACAGAAAAUAUUAAGAGGGAAAUGGUUCAGUCUGUAGGAGAUUUUAUUUUUGAAGUUAAAAGUGAGAAUGAACAUGGUAAGUCAUACCAAGUAGACAUGAACACAGACAUGUGUUCUUGCCCAAAUGGCAUGACAGGUGCACCCUGCAAGCACCAGCAUGCUGUCAUAAAAUUUUUUAAUGUUUCUUCAUGUAAUAUAUUUCCUAUUAAGGAUAUCAAAGCAAGGAGACAUUUCUUCCAGCUAGCAACUGGACAUGAUAAUAUUCAGGAGGAAUGGUUCCAGCCUCUUGUUGAUAAUCGAGAAGACAUCAUUGAACCGCAUACUUCCAGUACAAAUUUGGAAACUGAAGACACAAAAUUUGAGACUGACAACAACAACAGGAUUGAAGAAAUACCGACACAUGACUCCGAGGACGAGUUUGACAUCCAUACCACUAACAGACAGAAUGAUGAUAUAAUACAACAAUUAAAAAAAACCAUGGACAAACUUUUAAAAGAAAUAGAAAAUAAUGACGAACUUUUGCCAGCUGCUGACAGUUUUAUUAAAAAAUUUGAAAAGUUAAGAACCACAAGUGCACUGUCGACAGCACUUUUCAAUUUUGGAGAAAACACUGGAGUCUCUUCAGUUGUUCGACGGGGUAUUAUUCCUGUUCAGCCAUCAGCAAUUGCCCGUCGAACAGAAAACCAAUCAAUGCAAAAUUUUCUAAUAAUACAAAAAAGAGAAAUUUAUCAGAAAGCUGUCAGCUCCUGCCAAGAAAAAAACACAAAGCAGCACACAGUAUUAGCCAGUGUGUUAAAAACAAUGAAAGCUUAGGGAAAUGCCAUCAUGCAAAGUGAUCAACUUUAGGAAUAAUUUACAGAGUGAAAAAUGAUAGGCUUUUAUAAAUAUAAAUUCUAUGUUUCAAUAAUAUAACCAUAAAACUCGUCCAAUUUAUUCAACAGUAUCGGGUUGUGAAAGCUGGUUUUAGAAGUAGACCUUUUCUUACAGGAUAUAUUUUUUCUUCUUGUGUCUAUAAGGGGGAUUCCUGUUGCUGUUUUUUUCUAUUUAUUAAAAAACUUGCCGUUAACAUGAUAAUCAAUGGAGAAUGUAGUCAUGUUCAUGGACACGUGUGUGGCAAACGAUUUUAUCUGUGCUGCUUUAUUAAAUUAUUCAUUUUCCUUGAUGUGAUACUUCAUAUUUCUGAAUCUAGAACUUAUGAAAGUAAAAUUUAUUGUAACACUGUUGUAACUACAGAAUUAGAGAAAAAGAAAGAUACAUGUGGAAUGAUUUUGACUGUUGUAAAAUGUACAUCAUGUAAAAUGGAUGUUUAUGUAAAAAAAAAUGCCAUCUAAAUAAUGUUGGGUAUGAACACCUCUCAAUACUUCUAUGGGAGUUUUCGAAAAAGAACAUGAAUUAAAUUAUUUUGUGAACUCUGCUGAAAUAAUCCAAUCUCCUACAAGUUUAAAUAUCUGGUAGCACUAAGAAAGAUUUUAACAAAACUUAUAAGAAUAAUCUAAUUGCCAACAUCAUAGCAAAUUCGGUGAAAAAGAAUUCAGAUCAAAGUUGUUAUUGUGUACAUAGUGAACAUUUAAUUACUUUCUCUUCGUUUACUCUCUGUGUUUUAUAGUUCUUCAAAUAUACAGUGCAUUCAUCACAUAUUUCAUUAUUGUGUAUAAUACAGUUUGUUCUACAUGCCCUCUGAGGGUUCUGAAUAAACUUUUUUGGACUGUGA